UGUAUGUAUAUAUGUGUGUGUGUGUGUGUGUGUGUGUGUGUCUGUGUAUAAAAGCCUUUCUCUCCAUGCUUUCACUUCAGUCUCAGUGCAAGACUGAAGAGAGGGGAGGGGGACACGACCAAAGGAGAUCCCUGUGUUUCAGUGGGAGACAUUUCUUUGACCUUCUUCCUCACUUUCUCCCCCCUUUCCCAAUGUGUUUUGGGUUUCCGUCCUUUCCUCCCCAUACUCAUCCUCCUCCGUCUUCUUCUUCUUCUUCUUCUUCUUCUUCUUCUUAAGCAUCUCUGUUCUGCUUGGACGGUGGCUGCAUCAAUGCAAAAUGGGUUGUGGCAAUUCCUCAGCCACCAACACCUCAGAAGGAGGGCCAGCAGAAGUGUCCAAGGAUGUGACAGAAGAUCCUUUGGGAGACGAUGAGAAAAGAAGGAACUAUGGUGGCGUAUACGUAGGUCUACCAGCAGACCUAACCACUGUGGCUGCCAGUCAGUCCAAGUCCACAUGUAAAGACUAGCAGAUCCUGAAUGGAACACAACACAGGAUCCUGCAUAUUCAUUCAUCUAUAGACUCAUUUUACAAGCAAAGAGCACGUAAGUGCUCCUAUUCUGGCUCACCACACACUGAAUAAUGUCUCAGGCUUUAACACUGUCAUUAAACGAGGAUGUGGACAGUUUGCCGGUGAUCUGAGCACGCUGCCUCAUGGAGUCAUGGGUGGCACAAUGACACUGGUACGCACAGCAGAGGUCUGCAUAUGGCAUCCAUCAUCACCCUUCACUCAGCAAAAAAAAAAAAAAAAAAAAAAUGUGGGCAUCGGACCAAAACAUCCACCCUGUGACUAGCUGUGGGUGGUAGCAACAGGCAUUGUGACAGCCAUCUUGGCUUCUCGGUGACGGCACUGGAGCGUUCUCUUUCUUUCUCAGGAGGAAAGGGGCCCAGCCAAAUAACUAACUAACUGUCUGGGACACGGAACACCACACCAACACACACACACACACACACACACACACACACACACACACACACACACACACACACAUUCCCAACAGCCCUCUGCAAUAAUAAUCACUGCUCAGUUAUUUCUCUCAGAAGCCAUCAAUGAUUUAUUGUGCGGCAGAGGCAGAGUUAGAGAGGCCGAGAGAAAUCGGAGUUUCACAGAAAGCAGCAAACACAUUCCUGUUAAUGCAUCAAAGAACACCAAAGGGUUAUUGAAAAUAGAAUUGAUUUAAAUCAGGGAACUGCUGCAACUAAAGAGUCAGAAAAUGAAACUGUUUUUAAUGAGAAUAAAUGCUAAUAACUAAGUUAAAUCAAGAGGGUUUUAAUCAAGGUCCCAAAUGUCCUGGGUGCAUCAACCAGGUCGUACCUGGUGUCGUCACUUAACUGCCCCAGACUGAUUGUGUAACAUCAGCAUAUGACUCAUAAUACUUAGAGGAUCUCGCUCUCACUCUCAUGCUCUCUCUGCAGCAUGUUAUUUUCCCCCUGAAGAGCUCUGAAUCUAGUGCUUCUGGGCAAUUCACAAAGCUCUUGCAAUCUUCCUCAGAAGUCAGACAGUUUGUUCUUAUCCCACAACAUGAAAUACAAGCUAUUGUGUAACAGCAAAAACAAACAACAUCUCAUUAAAUUAUGUUCAGUUGCCAAAAAUUGUGAGAAAAAGGAAACAUUUUAAGAGAGACAGAGGAGGUGGUUGUGUUGUAUCGUCCCUCAUUUUCCUUAGUUUAUUGACUUUGUUUUGUAACUGACUCUAUUACAAUCUAUUUUCUAUAUGAUGUAUCACACUUUAUUGUGAACGUUGUUCUUCUAUAUGUAAUCCUUGAUGGAUAAAGCUGGCGCUUUGCUGUAUUUUUCUUAUUGUCAACAAUUCCCAUGAAAAGACUCUCUCUAUAUAUAGAUUGUGGGGAUUUUAUAUAUAAAAAUAUAUAAUCCCCACAAGCUCAGUUCCUCUACCAGAGGCCUGGGAGCCUGAGGAUUCUGUGCAGUAUUACAGCCCCCAGUUCUCCAUUUACCACUGGAACCACUGUUGCCUUCACAUUCCACAUAUUCUUUAGCUCCAAUAUAAACCCUUGGUAUGUUUCAUGCCUCUCAUGUUCCUUCUUCUUGAUGUUGCUGCUACAUCUAUCACAACUACCUCUAGUAUGGACAGUUUGGUGUACUUCCUAGUCCCGCUUUCCUCAUCCCUCCGGUCUUGAUCUUAACUUAGCCGCCUUCUCCAUGCAGGGUACUAUGUUCAUCUUGUAGCCAAGCAUCUCUAGGAUCACAAGAGCUAUUUGGCUGUGUAUUUCCGCUUGUUUGUUUCAGUGAAGACAUCUUCAUCAUAUCACAUAUUCUAGGGUACUCUUUCUCUUAGCCCUGUUAAUCGACCAGGUGGUCUCCGGGUAUCUAGCUCACUUAUGAUCAGCUCUCUCAAGUCAGCUGCCCUUGUGUUAAGCCUGUCUUUUCUUGGGGCUUGGUACCCAUCCUCAGAUUGUAGGGGGUGACAUCCCCCCGCUGAUCUUGUGCCCUGUCCUUGUUGACUCGGGUGACAUCUGAGCCGGUAUUUGGUUUUGGUUUUCUUUGGCACUCAGCACCAAGCCCAUUCUUUGCACUGAGGAAAAAAGUCAAGGUAAAAACAUAUUAAAUAUAUGUUGUUACAUUUUUUUAAAUUAUUAUUUUCCCGGGCACUGUAGUUUUUAGCAAAUGUACCUUAAACAGUAGUCAGGAGUCAAUAGCGCAUUUGUUUGGGACUAUUUUCAGCUGCGGAUUACUACACAUUUGGAGCUUUAAUGAGUAUUCACGGCAGCAGGACAGUGUAUAUGGGACUACAAAUAAUCUACAAUGCCCAUGUCCAUCAUUGUGAAGAAAAAUGUCACCUAGUACAACGAUGUGACUCAUUGUGUUUUGUUUCGUUUUUAAACUAUGGAGGGCUAUGGUAGAGAGGAAUAAGCAUUAUCAAGCAGAGGUUGCGUUAUUGCUGUAUAUUUGUAAGAAGCAAUAAUUCAUUGUUGUAGGCUUUUUCCCAUGGAAUCUGUUGACAAUCAGUAAAAUAUAGAACAUCACCAGCACAGAGUCCCCCUGAAAAAAACACAUUACAGCUGGGCGGGCAUUAAGGGCCAAGGUCAUUUUUCAGCCAGGCUCUUGACAGCUCUCUCCUCUAAUGAAUGUACAACAUCCUCCACUCACCAGGGCUCUAGACGAGGGUGGAAAUAGGCCAACUUUAAACACUUGAGAUUCAGGAGAUGUUCUUUCUGCAUUACACAAAACGCUUUCCACGCCUGUGUGUUUGUGUAGCCUCGACUGCCCUGUCACAUAAAAACAGGGACUUCUUUCACCAUGCCUGAACACAAGCCUACUGUCUACUGUCACCAGUUAUCAGCUACAUUGAUACUAAAAGUUGUACAAUGUCUUUUGCAAGUCAUUUGUCAGCUCAAAUUGUCGCAGCGUUUACACUGUUUACCUGUGGUAGAAACAGAAUUUACUGUAUUGUGUAGUUUACAGCAUAUUAUAAAAAGAGCUUCAAUGUGCCCACAGCGCACUGAUUCAGAACCAUACCUGAGACAUUAUAUUUUUGAUGUCCGUAUCUCUCUCUCUGAUGUCUACAUUUCCACCCGGCUGCUGCCCUGCGUGAGUCCCUAACAGAGGCCUUUGGUUUUUACAGUGUGUCGUGCCUUCUGUCUCUCCCUCUUUUAUCAGCCCCUCUUUGCCCUUUAUGGUUGUUCCUCCUGUAUAUGACGGAUGUCAUUGCCUUUGCCCUAUUCAAUUGAUCUAACGGGGGAUAAGAUGACAAAAUGUGGAUGAAUAAAAGUCUGAUGUCCUUUGUUUUAAAAUGUCGCCUUGGCACAUUGUGGGGAUAGUUGUAAAACGCUGUGCAUUUUGUUUGAAUGUUGUAGAGGUUGAGUAUGCUUAGAGAAGUAACAUACGUGGUAAAGGAGUAGUUCGACAUUUUGGGGAAUACAUUUAUUUGUUUUCUUACCAAGAGAUAGAUUAGAAAAUAGAUACCAUGUUCAUGUCUCAGAUUGGUAUCAAUAUUCUCAUCUAACUCUUGAAUGAAAGCAAACCAAGAGUUUGAGAAUUUGUAAAAACUGAUAUAAGCCAUUAUAAAAAGGAAUAAAUCAGCAGGAAUUUGAUUCAUAUUAUCUUGUGUUGACAAUAAAAAAGCAUGAUUUAUGAAAAGAAAAUAAUAAUAAUUGAGAUUUCAUAUCAAAACAACCAACCAUCAAUUGAAUUGCUAUUCCAUUCCAAUAUUUCUCCAAAAGGUCAAAUUAUUCCUUUAAUGUUUGGAAACACAAGAUCCUUCAGAUUUUGUAGUACAUAAAUAUUGGAAAUUACAGAAACUACUUGAGGUCAAAGCAGCUGGAAAUUGUUUUAAUUAUUGAAAUGCCUCUUCACACACUGGAAAGACCUGUUGUCAUUAAAAACCCACCAGUGUCUCUUUAUGCUGUUGACAGCUGUACGAUGAGAGGUAAUGACUGAAAUGAUCGGGUUUGUUCAUUGUAGGCUCUUUUCUUUUGUCUUUUAAUCACACUGUACUUUUCAUCAUUUGUGCACAAAUUACCUGCUCCUCAUGAAUGUCAAUGCUCCUUCUCAAAUCACAAAUCACUUUAUUCAUCAAUGAUGGUGACAUGAAGAGAAGAAAAAAACUUGACUGCAUCUGUGAAACUCAAGCAUUAACAUCUGAUUCAGUUAUUUAUGAUUAAAGACUUUUAUACUG